AAAAGAAAAUCCUUCGUAGCAAUUGGGCAGUCGGGAGCGAUUCCGAUCCCAGUCGCUGCGUUCCCAAAUUCUUAUCUGGUGGAGUUAUUGUGCGUCCGUCACCGUGGCGACGGUCUGAAGGUCACGCCAAUCUUUCCAAAUAAAACACUGUGACCUACGGUCUCCGCUUUUGUAUUUCCAAGGGUUAAAAUGUGACGAGGGCUUGUCGCAUGUUCGCCCGCACUUUGCUCGAUUGAAGAGCUUCCUUUUGUUUGGGACUUCAAAGACUCCGAGAAGGCCGCGAGCAGUAUUGAUCCAGCAGAAAAGCCGACCGGAAGCACCCCAGGUACGACGAUGGCGGCGGCGACGACGACGACGUCGACGGCGCUGCUGCUGCGGCGCAUUCGGGUCGCGCUCCCGCGGCGCGGCUUCAGCCUGGACGCGAGCGCGCCGUUGGUGCGCACGCGCGGCUACGUGGGAGGCCGCUGGGUGCGCGCGCCAGGCGACUUCCCGGUUGUGGACCCGGCCACCGGGACCGAGAUCGCGCGAGUGUCCGACUGCGGGCCGGAAGAGGCCAAGCAGGCCGUGGACGCGGCUCACGAGGCUUUCCACCAAUGGAAGGACGUCACGGCCAAGGAGCGCAGCACCCUGCUGAGGAGGUGGGCCGACCUGAUGAGCGAGCACAAAGAGGACCUUGCCAAGAUCGUCACCUUUGAAAGCGGCAAACCCAUGAAAGAGUCGAUGGCCGAGAUCGCCUACUCGGCCUCCUUCCUGGACUGGUUUUCCGAGGAGGCGCGUCGGGUGUACGGCGACGUGGUGCCGUCGCCCUUCAAGGACCGCAGGAUCCUCCUCCUCAAGCAGCCGGUGGGCGUGGCCUCCGUCAUCACGCCGUGGAACUUCCCGAGCGCCAUGAUCACCAGGAAGGUCGGCGCCGCGCUGGCCGCAGGAUGUACUGCCGUGGUCAAACCGGCCGAGGACACGCCCCUUUCGGCGCUCGCCCUGGCAGAGCUGUCAUCCCGGGCCGGCGUCCCCGCCGGCGUCUUCAACGUGGUGCCGAGCUCCAGGGAGCAGACUCCCUCGGUGGGGCGCGUCCUGUGCACCGACCCCCUGGUGGCCAAGAUCUCCUUCACGGGCUCCACUGCCACCGGCAAGGUUUUGCUGAAAAUGGCCGCCGACACCGUCAAGAAAGUCUCCAUGGAGCUGGGAGGCCACGCCCCUUUCAUUGUGUUUGACAGCGCCGACGUGGACAAGGCGGUGCAAGGAGCCAUGGCCUCAAAGUUCAGGAACUCGGGACAGACGUGCGUGUGUUCCAACCGUUUCCUGGUGCAGAGCGGCAUCUACGACAGCUUCGUGGCCGAGUUGGGCGCCGCCAUGGACCGAGAGCUCAAAGUGGGACACGGCAGCGAGCCGGCCACCACGCAGGGACCGCUCAUCAACAGCAGGGCGGCAGACAAGGUGGUCCACCAGAUGGAGGACGCCCUUUCUCGGGGGGCCCGACUCCUGCGGGGCGGAAAACGUCUUCACGGCUCCUUUGUGGCGCCCACGUUGCUGGCGGACGUCAGCGCCGACAUGUUGUGCAUGCGAGAGGAAACCUUCGGGCCCCUGGUGCCUGUCGUCAGGUUCGACACGGAGCGGGAAGCGCUCGCCAUCGCCAACGCGUCCCGAGUGGGCCUGGCAGGUUACUUCUACUCGUCGGACGUGUCUCAGAUCUGGCGAGUGGCCGAGGCUUUGGAGGUGGGUCUGGUGGGGGUCAACGAGGGCCUCCUCUCCACCCCCGAGGCCACCUUCGGGGGCGUCAAGGAGUCUGGUCUGGGUCGGGAGGGCUCCAAGUACGGCGUGGAUGAGUACCUGCACGUCAAGUACGUCUGCAUGGGUGGCCUUGAGCUAACGGGCGCUAACGGGAGCGCCAAAUAAUAUGCCGUAAUGGACUUUCUGUGAUUGGACGAGCUAAUGCUAAUUAGCUCGUGUUCCUAGUUCCUAUGGGCAAUUCUGCCCUUUAGCAUGCUAGUUAGCUUAGCAUCGUUUGAAUUGACUAUUGACAGUUGAUUUGUUGCUCAUUAAUUUAUGAAUUACUUCAUUAAUAAAAUAUUGCCAAUCUAUGAUUGGAAGAUCUCUUUUAUGUCAACUGAAUAAAAAGCACAAUGAGAAAAAUGAGAAGCAUCAAAUGGCAUCUAGAUGUUUGUUUAUAUUCAUGUACGCAUGUCGUAUUAAUAAUGUCAUAUUUGACAACGUCUUCGUUAACAUCAGCUUCAUGAUGAUCACAUGAUGUCUUGUAUUUUUAUCCAUCCUAAAUCUCAAAUACUUUGUCGUUGUCAUUUGCCAAAUAACUUUUUUUGUUGUCUUACAAGAGAUGAAUAAACUAAAAUAUUUCACACAAUCAGCACAUCACUGCCUCUGAGCCAGUCUUUGAAAGUCAAAUGUCUGCGGGGUCAUUGGCAAAAUAAAAGACGGUCACAAAGCGCCUCCGUCGCGGUCGGGAAUUCUGCUCGGGAUGUGUGUCCGGCACCCGUCUUCCCGUCGCUGUCCCGCUCCGACUCUGAUAUGGUGAGCGCCGAGUUGCGUUGCGUGCCGCACCAAACGCAAAACGCGUCCGUCGACAGAUGAACGCCAGCUAACGUGUUAACGCUGAGUGAAUUUGGCACGCAGCUCCAUCCUCGCCUGCUCGUCUGCGUUGCGCAGGAUCGAGUAGCGGCUCCCCCUGCGCGCGCACACAGAUAUUACAGUGAAGCUUUGCCUAUUCGCGGUUCACUAUUCACAAAUGACGAAUUCACGUUUUUUCCCUGUGAAAGCUAUGCUGAGAUUUGUCUUUCUGUACUUCCCUAAGAUGGUGCCAAAGCCCUGGCUAAUAGGAAAGACGCAAUUGGUGUCAAUGAAGUAUGUUGCCUAACCAUCUCAACUGUUUAAGAUGUUUGUAUGUCGGGGAGGAGUUUAACCUGGUGUCCUUGCAAACAAAGGCUUUUGUACAAAGUAUGAAAUAAAUACCAGUUGGCGUGUUCAAUA